UCCUGGUAUAGGCCAAUUUAUUUGUUAUAUGUAUCCUAUGGUUGAACUUUAUUCUUUAAUUGAAAUUAAAAAAGGAAGAAAAAAAUGGAGUACUAUGGACUAAGGGAUAGAGAAAGCUUUCAGAGGAUCCCAUGAGAAGCAGCAGCAGCAGCGGGGCUCUGUGAGGUUGUAGCGGAGAAACAAACUCAACAAGCCCACUUCAGCAGCACCUUUGAUCGAAGCCCACUGUGGAUUUAAGCCGAACCAGGACCUGAACACCAGGAGCGGACUGAGAGUUGGAAAACUUCUUCCCAGCUGCAAAAACAUAUGGGACUAUAUAGAAAGUGUUGGAACACCAAAAAUCUGAUUGUAUUUAAAACAAAAUAUCGGUUCUGAUGGUUCUAAUUUAAGUCAACCUACAUGAUGAUGAUGUUGAUAGUGAGUGCUACUGGUCCUCCUCUGGCUCGGAUCGGAUUAAAUGUGAGGUCGUGAGGAGGACGCGGCACAACGUGGAUCCUCCUGCGGUCUCCCUCAUGUUGCUCCACCGGCUGGCCUGGGCUCUGCCUGCCGCUGCGGUCUGCAUCCUGCUGCUCCACGGCCUCCUGCUGAAUCAACGUCAGCUGGUGGCAGGAAGCUGUGAGAUUGUGACUCUGGAUCGAGACAGCAGCCAGCCCAGGAUGACUGUUGCUCAUCAGACAGCCCGUUGUGCUUGCCAUAAAGGACAGAUCGCUGGGAUGACACGAACCAAACCUGCCUGUGUUGAUGUUCAAAUCAUCAGGAAUCACCAAUGGUGUGAGAUGGCUCCAUGUUUGGAUGAUGAGGCUUGUAACCUUCUGGACAAUCAGUCCGGCUGGACCUGUACACAACCAGGAGGCCGGAUUAAGACCACCAUGAUAAUGGCUGCUGUCGCCACAGGAGAUCCUCUCUUUACAUUUAUAGCCCAAUAA